AUGCAUGACCAUGACUUCAGAACUUUCUCGAGAUACUGGUCAAACUGGAGUGUGGAUGAAUUGAAUAAUAUGGACACAUCCGUAUUCCCAUUUCCGAAUACACUAUGGCACGUGAAGUCGGCGAAAGAAAUAGCUUUAAAAUCUUCAGCAAUGCUAGUCGUCGGCAUCAUGGGCAUCUUUCUCAACACUGUCAUUAUAGCCAUCCUUAUAAAGAACAAAUGGCUCUGGACCGCAAGCAAUUACCUCGUUGGGAACCUUGCGCUUGUAGACUUGUUGACCUUGGUCGUGUGCCCAUGGUUCAUGCUCGUUAGAGAUUUCUACCAAAAUUACGUGUUGAGGAACUUCGGUUGCAAGUUCGAAGGGUUUUUGCAAGCUACUUUCCUUCUAGCAAGUGUGGGGGCUGUGAUGCUGGUCUCCUACGAUAGACUAGCGGCUGCAGCAAUGAAUGCCGAUGCGAGAGUCACCAAAGCUGCCGCUCCGAAGUUGAUUGUGGCAUCAUGGGCUAUAGCAGUUAUUCUUUCUCUGCCGUGGAGUAUAAACAGGGAGUUCGUGAUGCGACAAUGGAUUAAUUAUUUGGAAAUGUACUGUGCGGAAGACCUCAGUGUACUGACUGUCUACUGGCAUUUCAUUAUUAUUCUUCUCGUCUGGUUACCAUUGGGACUAAUGAUUAUAACGUAUGGCACGAUAAUGUGGCGUCUAGAGUGGAGCGCCCGCGAGCUAUCUUCUCGUGGCGGCGGUCAAAUGGUCACCAAAGUGAGAGGCAGGGCUAUGAAGAUCACGGCUUGCGUGUUACUAGCCGCAGCCAUUUGCAGGAUGCCUUACACGGUUCUUGUAUACUGGAGGAACAAUCUUAGUUUGGAGAUCAAUUCGGUAGAUGGCGCUUAUAGCGUAAUGUGGUUCAUCGCUAACUACCUGAUAUACUUCAACUGUGCUAUAAACCCUCUUAUCUAUGGCUUCACCAAUAUUAGAUUUCGAAGAGCUAUGGAUAGAACGCCAGGUAUCGCGUGGUUCAAGUUUGGUUCUUGGUGCUGCGUGUGUGCUACGUUUAAUAUGAAGAAUGGCCCACCACCAGAUAAAAACAUGGCGAAAAUUUUCGUAAUUGAAAACAGUCCACGACCGAAUAAAAAAUUUUCACGUGUAAUCAAAAACAUACUUCUUAUAAAUAGGGACACUGUGGAGCUCAGCUUACCAAAAGUUGAAGAAGUCACAACGAAACCGACAAAAAUUACGCCGCUGAAGAUUGACAAUAAUAUAUAUUCGUAA